GCGUAAUAUAAAAAUAUAAUAUUAUAAUACGCGUUUAAUAUUAUACGCGAGUGAACACGAAUCGCUGUUAUACUUUUGUCGUUUUGUCAUUUCGUGCUCAUCAUAUUUUUUUUAACGUAAAAUGGAUCCAUCGAAAAAUAAAAAUCGAUAUCAAUCAAAGAAGUUAUAAAAAAAAAAUCUGAGUUCUCAAAUGAGGGACCUUUUUGGUAUUCGCAGACAAAACAAGGACAAUACUGAAGUAAUCGAACCUGUUGUGGAACCCAUGUUUUUAGGUGCUGAUAAUCAACCACCAUGUUCGUCAAGGGAAAUAAUAAGGCACAAUUUUGAGGUAAUCGAACCUGUAGGAGAACCCUUUUUCCUAGGUGUUGAUAAUCAACCACCAUGUUCGUCAAGGGAAACCAUCAGUAGUAAAAUAACCAAAUCGGAAGACACUGAAGUUAAUGAUUUGAUUACUGAAGAAACCUUAUACAGCCAUGAUUUUUCUGAACAAUCUAAAUCUAGUAAUCAAUAUGUUGAGUAUGAAAACUCCGGUAGACGAAUAGUAGAUAUGAAUUACGUUUUUUAUCAAAUUAAAAAUAGUAAUCACAAAGGACCAUUUGGUUGUUCAUUUUUAAAUAUGACGUUUAUUUCUGAAAAAAAACAUGGAUUAAGAUCAACUUUUAAGUUUAAAUGCGAUAUUUGUAAUAUUAUUAUGAUUAUUGAAUCGGAAAAAUCGAAACCGGAAACUUAUUUACCAAUUAACGAAGCCGCCGUUAGCGGAUCAAUAUCAGCUGGAAUUGGAUUUACGCAACUGUCUGAAUUGUGCGCGACAAUGGAUAUUCCAUCAGAAGCACAAAUGAAAAUCGCCGGUGACGAAGAACGUCGUUUAGCAAUAGAAGCUGGAACAGUAGAUGUUGACGGAAUUCCUAUGUGUACGGUUGUCGCAGAUGGACAAUGGUCUAAGCGUAGUUACAAAACUAAAUAUGACGCAUUAUCUGGAGUGGCAACAAUAAUUGGUUAUAGAUCAAAAAAAAUUUUGUUUGUGGGUAUUAGAAAUCGGUUUUGUAUAAUUUGCCAGAGAGCAAAAAAUAAAAAAUUACAACCACCUGAACACACAUGUUUUUUAAAUUGGAAAAGGGGUGCUACAAGUAUGGAAGCUGAUGGUAUUGCUGACGGUUUUAAACAGAGUAUACAAAUGCAUGGUCUAAAAUACAAUAAGCUAAUAGGAGACGGAGAUUCUAGUGUUACAAAAAGACUAGCUGAAAUAAUGCCUUAUGGCCCUAGACUACCUGUCAUAAAAAUAGAAUGUCGCAACCAUUUAUUGCGAAAUUAUGGAACAAAAUUAGUAGCUCUGACGUUAAAUACUAAGUAUCCGAUUUCGUUGAGAAAACAUAUAAAAUCAAACAUAUUACGAUUUAGAUUUUCAAUAACUAAGGCAAUUGAAUAUCGUAAUAGCUUACAUGGUCAAACAGACAAUCAAAAAUCAGUAGGAUUACGACAAGAUAUAAAUAACAGUUUUCGACACAUUUUGGGUGCCCAUGAUCGAUGUGAAUCAUACUUUUGUAAGGGUCCACAAGCAAAUGAAAAAAAUAUGAUCGAAGAUGCCGAAAGAUCAGGGCUUGUGAGCGAAGUAUCCCAAAUAAUAUCUCGUUUAGUAGCGAAUGUUGAUAGUUUACUGAUGAAUGUUGACAACAACGUGUGUGAACAAUUCAAUAGUGUAAUUAAUAAAUAUUUAGCGGGUAAACGAAUAAAUUACUCUCAAAGAAAUUCAUAUAAUGCUCGAGUUGAAGCUGCGGUUAUAUCAUGCAACUCAGGUGGAAAGUUUCUUCGGUUAAUGCAUAAAAAUAUAGUCAAUGACAUAAGUCCAGGAGAAAUAGGAAAAAAAAUGCUUGCUUCUAGUGAAAAGAAAAGAUGUCGGCCAAAAUCAAAAAAACUUCUUUUUACCGGAAAUUCGGAAAAAAGAAAUUAUAAUGGCCCGGAUAAAGAUUAUGGUUUAGCUGAACCG